CCGCACUCCAAUAGAAAGUUUCCGCGGAUCGAAAACCACAAGAAAAAAAAAAAGGAACUUUUCUAACUUCUCAUCGUCGUCAUUCAAAGAGGAAGCCGGAGGCAGAAUCUCCAUUCGAUCGUCGUUUUUCUUUAUAGUAGGGUGAGUGUUGUUUUUAAUGUUCAAUUCCAAAGUAGCUUUUAGACUGAAUUCAGUUGAAGAGCUCUAGUGUGGAACCAUGGGAUCCAUAUUUAUGCAAGAUGCAACUAUAUCACCAUCCCUACUCACUGGACAGUCAGAAAGUACGGCUAGUAUUAGAAGAGAAGGGCAUUGAUUACACAUCAUACCAUGUAAAUCCUCUCACUGGAAAGCAUAUGGAUUCAUCAUUUUUUCGCAUGAAUCCUUCUUCAAAGCUUCCUGUCCUUCAAAAUGGUUCUCACAUUAUUUAUCAAGUCAUGGAUAUAAUCCAGUACAUAGAGAGAGUCACAGUCUCUUUGAAUGGUGGUGAAAGUAGCAUCAGCAACGAAGUUAUGCUGUGGAUGCAACAAAUUGAAGACUGGAAUCCUAAGAUAUUCACACUAUCUCACAUUCCAGAUAAGUAUAGGCUUUUUGUUUCUAAGUUUGUGAGGAGGGUGGCGAUUGCUCGAAUGGCUGACGCCCCUGAUCUAGCCAGUAUUUACCAUGCAAAACUGAGAGAGGCUUAUGAGACUGAAGACAAAUUGAUGGAUCCAGAUCUAGUGAAACAAAGUGAGCAGAAACUGAAUAAACUCCUUGAUGAAGCUGAAACACAGUUGAAUGAGACAAAAUAUAUUGCUGGCGAAGAUUUUACUUUAGCCGACUCAAUGUUCAUUCCAAUUUUGUCGCGGCUCACUCUACUGAAUCUUGAAAAGGAGUACAUCAUUGGGAGGCCUAGAUUAGCAGAAUACUAUGAUAUGGUUAAACAUAGAUCAAGUUACAAAAUUGUGAUUGGGAGAUAUUUUUCAGGAUGGAGAAAGUAUAGAACAUUGCUGAAGACUAUCUGCUUUUUGUGCAUUAGAAACAUGUUUAGAAAGUAUUGAACAUGAUUUUUAGUUCCAAGGGUGUAAAAUGUAUUGACUAUAUCUUUAGUUAAAGAUGGUAGCAUUUCGUAUUGUAAUUGAGUUAUUUACUUCAACUAAAUAAGGAAUUGGCAAGGUUUAAUCAGGUCA